AUGGCCAUCAUGAGCUCUCAACAUACUUUGGCCCUUACCUUUGGCAUCCUCGGGAACUUCAUUUCCUUCCUGGUAUUUUUGGCACCUUUGCCAACAUUUUACCGGAUAUACAAGAAGAAAUCAACGGAAGGAUUCCAGUCAAUCCCGUACCUGGUGGCGUUAUUCAGUUGCAUGCUUUGGCUCUACUAUGCCUACCUCAAGACCCACGCCCUUUUGCUCAUCACCAUCAACUCAUUCGGCUGCGUUAUUGAGGUCAUCUACAUUCUCGCCUUCAUCACAUAUGCCUCCAGGGAAGCCAGGAAGUUGACGAUUAAGCUGAUAGGAGCCAUGAACUUGGGGUCGUUCGGUUUGAUCAUGUUGGUGACGCAAUUUGCUAUCCAUGAUGCUGCCCUACGUGUUCAUGUGCUGGGUUGGAUUUGCGUUUCCAUUUCUGUCUGUGUCUUCGCUGCUCCUCUCAGCAUCAUGGCACAAGUUAUUAGAACAAAGAGUGUAAAGUAUAUGCCAUUCACCCUCUCAUUUUUCCUCACACUGAGUGCUGUCAUGUGGUUUGCUUAUGGCCUCUUCCGCAGGGACAUAUGCGUUGCUGUGCCGAAUGUGCUGGGAUUUGCGUUGGGGUUGAUGCAGAUGGUGUUGUAUGGGAUAUACAGAGAUGGUGGGAAGAAGAUGAUGGAAGGAGAGAAAGAGGUGGGGAUGGAGGCAGUGAAGGAGGUGGUGGUGGGAAUGAACCAGAGAGGAAGCAGUGAGGUGUUUCCAGACCCAGUGGGAAUCGUUGUUGCUGAUGAAGGGAAUAAUAACCUUAAUGUUGCUGAGUUUAAGGAUUGUCCUGUUUGA